CAUACUUUUUUUGACCGUCUCCUGCAGGAUUCAAGGCACAAACCUGGCAGCCUCUAACUAGUUCAUGGUGGAGCCUCAAGAGAUACUGGCCAGGCAAGCUCUCCCUUCCAGAGGGAAGAGCAGAGCAUGAGAGGAAGGCCACGUAGCAGAAGUGGACAUGAACGCUGGUUUCCAAAGAGAACAGUGUUUUAGUUUUGGUCAUCGAAAGUGGUGCCUUCAGCACAGAAGAGCGUGAAUUCCCCUCUGCGGCCACUGAUCUCCAACACGGGACCAGAGGGGAGCAGGGGCCGGCCGGAGCUGCCCGAGGCGCCCAGCGUGGCUUGUCUAGUGCGGGGACCAGGGAUGAUCGGGCCGUGCACACAGAUGUCUCCAGCCUCCAACCGUUCGCAUAGCACACAGGGGACUCGUGGGUGGCCAUUUGCCACUGCCAACUGAAACACUAGGAUGGCAACGUUGACAUCCUUCAUGACGUUUCCAGGACAGACAUUCAGGCAGAAAGUGCUGGCGCAUUUUCUGUCUUCGAAGUAGAGGGCCAUGCCUCACCAGUGUGAAUAGUUUGGGCCCCGAUGACCUCCUCCGAGUCCGCUCGCAGCCAGUGACACUCGCAAAAAAAAAAAAAAAAAAAAAAACAAAAAAACAAAAAACAAAACUCCCAAAGCCCAUCUUGGGUUUGGCUUCCGGCAGCUCUUGACCAAUGUGGCCAAAGCCAGACGCCUCCUUGGGACACUUGGAUUAUUCAUAAAUGCAGCCUGCCCCGACCCUCCCUGAAUAGCAUCUGAAGUCUCUGUGGAGGUCAUGGAUCCUGAACAAAGUGUCAAGGGCACCAAGAAGGCUGAGGGAAGUCCCCGGAAGCGGCUGACCAAAGGAGAGGCCGUGCAGGCCAGUGUUUCGUCCAGUGCCCCGUACCCAGGCAGCGGCACGACUGCCACCCCAGAGGGCCCCCUCCAAGAGCUCCUCGCCCCGCAGCCCUUCCCGGGCCCCUCGUCGGUUCUUAGGGAAGGCUCUCAGGAGAAAACAGGCCCUAAGAGGUCCUCCACUGAAACCUCCGUCCCCAUCUCGAAGCUUCCGCAGCACCCUCUGACACCAGCAUUCAUGUCGCCCGGCAAACCGGAGCAUCUCCUGGAGGGGUCCGCGUGGCAGCUGGUCGACCCCAUGAGACCUGGACCCUCAAGCUCCUUCGUGACCCCUGGGCUCCAUCCUCCGAGCCAGCUCCUGCCUUCCCACGCUUCCAUCAUCCCCCCCGAGGACCUGCCUGGCAUCCCCAAAGUCUUUGUGCCCCGUCCCUCCCAGGUCACCUUGAAGCCCCCAGAAGAGGCGCCCAAGAAAGAGAGGAAGCCGCAGAAGCCCGGCAAGUACAUAUGCCAGUACUGUAGCCGGCCCUGCGCCAAGCCCAGCGUGCUCCAGAAACACAUCCGCUCGCACACGGGCGAGAGGCCCUACCCCUGCGGCCCCUGCGGCUUCUCCUUCAAGACCAAGAGUAACCUGUACAAGCACAGGAAGUCCCACGCCCACCGCAUCAAAGCCGGCCUGGCCUCCGGGGUGGGCGGCGAGAUGUACCCCCCGGGGCUGGAGAUGGAGAGGAUCCCAGGGGAGGAGUUCGAGGAGCCCACCGAGGGGGAAAGCACAGACUCAGAAGAGGAAACAGGCACCACGUCUGCCCACCCCACAGAGCUCUCCCCCAGGCCCAAGCACCCCCUCCUGUCCAGCGGCUUGUACAGCUCUGGGAGCCAGGGCUCCAGUCACGACCGCUGUUCCUUGUCCCAGUCCAGCUCAGCCCCGUCGCUCGAGGACCCCACCCCGUUCUCGGAACCCUCCUCCGAACACCCCCUGAGCCAGAAACCCGAAGACACCCACACGAUAAAGCAGAAGCUGGCCCUCCGCUUGAGUGAGAGGAAAAAGGUGAUGGACGAGCAGGCGUUUCUGAGCCCGGGCAGCAAAGGGAGCACGGAGUCUGGAUACUUCUCCCGCUCUGAGAGCGCCGAGCAGCAGGUCAGCCCCCCGAACACCAACGCCAGGUCCUAUGCCGAGAUCAUCUUCGGCAAGUGCGGGCGGAUCGGGCAGCGGACCGCCAUGCUGACGGCCACGUCCACGCAGCCCCUCCUGCCGCUGUCCACCGAAGACAAGCCCAGCCUGGUGCCUUUGUCUGUGCCCCGGACGCAGGUCAUAGAGCACAUCACCAAGCUCAUCACCAUCAACGAGGCCGUGGUGGACACCAGCGAGAUAGACAGCGUGAAGCCGAGGAGGAGCUCGCUGUCCAGGCGCAGCAGCAUGGAGUCCCCCAAAUCCAGCCUCUACCGGGAGCCCCUGUCGUCCCACGGCGAGAAAACGACGAAGCCCGAACAAUCACUGCUGAGCCUCCAGCACCCGCCCAGCACCACCCCCCCUGUGCCUCUGCUGAGAAGCCACUCAAUGCCUUCCGCCACCUGCACCCUCAGUACCCCCCAUCACACCUUCCGAGGUAGCUACUCGUUCGACGACCACGUCACCGAGUCCGAAGCCCUGAGCCGCAGCACUCAAGUGCUUACCUCCCACCCCCGGAUGCUCAAGCGCCAGCCGGCCAUCGAACUACCUUUGGGAGGGGAGUACAGUUCCGAGGAGGCCGGGCCCAGUAGCAAAGACACAGCCUCCAAACCCGCGGACGAGCUGGAACCCAAGGAAAGUGACCUCACCAAAAAGACCAAGAAGGGCUUGAAAACGAAAGGGGUGAUCUAUGAAUGUAACAUAUGCGGUGCUCGGUACAAGAAAAGGGACAAUUACGAAGCCCACAGGAAGUACUACUGCUCGGAGCUGCAGAUCACAAAGCCCGUCUCUGCAGGUGCUCACGUGUCCCCAGAAGCCGAAAAGAGUCAGGCUGAGCACGAGCCCUGGUCCCAGAUGAUGCAUUACAAGCUGGGGACCACCCUGGAGCUCACUCCGCUGAGGAAGAGGAGGAAGGAGAAGAGCCUCGGGGAUGAGGAAGAGCCGCCUGCCUUUGAGUCGACUAAAAGUCAGUUUGGCAGCCCCGGGCCGUCCGAUGCUGCUCGGAACCUUCCCCUGGAGUCCACCAAGUCACCAGCAGAACCGAGUAAGUCAGUGCCCUCCCUGGAGGGACCCGCGGGCUUCCCGCCGAGGACUCCCAAGCCAGGGUCUGGUCUCGAGUCGGGGAAGGAGAGGAGAACAACGUCCAAAGAAAUUUCCGUCAUCCAGCACACCAGCUCCUUCGAGAAGUCCGACUCCCUGGAGCAGCCCAGCGGCCUGGAAGGGGAAGACAAGCCCCCGGCCCCGUUCUCCUCGCCCCCGCCCGCCCCACACGGACGCUCCGCCCACUCCCUGCAGCCCAGGCUGGUCCGCCAGCCCAACAUCCAGGUCCCCGAGAUCCUGGUGACGGAGGAGCCCGACCGGCCAGACACGGAGCCUGAGCCACCUCCCAAGGAGCCCGAGAAGACAGAGGGAUUCCAGUGGCCCCAGCGCAGCCAGACGCUCGCCCAGCUCCCGGCAGAGAAGCUGCCGCCUAAGAAGAAGAGGCUGCGCCUGGCAGAGAUGGCCCAGUCAUCGGGGGAGUCCAGCUUCGAGUCCUCCGCGCCCCUGUCUCGCAGCCCCAGCCAGGAGAGCGGUGUCUCUCUGAGCGGGUCCAGCCGCUCCGCCUCCUUCGAGAGGGAUGACCACGGAAAAGCCGAGGCCCCCGGGCUCUCGUCCGACACGCGCCCCAAGCCCUUGGGCACCCACAUGCUGACCGUCCCCAGCCACCACCCGCACGCCCGAGAGAUGCGGAGGUCGGCCUCAGAGCAGAGCCCCAACAUUUCCCACUCCGCCCACAUGACCGAGACACGCAGCAAAUCAUUCGACUACGGCAGCUUGUCCCUGACAGGCUCUUCGGCGCCGGCCCCAGCGGCUCCCGCUGCCCCGGCGGCCCCCGCAGCCCCGCCAGAGAGAAGGAAAUGCUUUUUGGUGAGACAGGCCUCUCUGAGCAGGCCUCCAGAAACUGAGCCAGAGGCCGCCCCCAAGGGACGACAGGAGAGCGAGGAACCAAAGCCCUCAUGCAGUAAGCCUUCCGCCAAAAGCUCACUGCCCCAGAUUUCCUCGGCGGCCACCUCGCACAGCGGGCACCCGGGAGGCAAGAGCCAGGGGCAGGACAGACCCCAGCUGGGGUCCACUCCGCCCUACACAGAAGCUCUGCAGGCGUUCCACCACCCCGUUGCCCAGCUCCCCCUGCAUGAGAAACCCUACCUGCCCCCACCCGUCUCCCUCUUCUCCUUCCAGCCCCUCUUGCAGCACGAGCCAGGACAGUCUUCAGAAUUCUUCUCCACCCAGGCCAUGUCCAGCCUCCUCUCCGCCCCGUACUCCAUGCCGCCGCUUCCUCCCUCCUUAUUUCAAGCCCCGCCACUUCCCCUCCAGCCCACCGUUCUGCACCCGGGCCAGCUCCACCUCCCCCAGCUCAUGCCUCACCCAGCCAGCCUCCCCUUCCGGCAGCCCCCUUCGUUUCUUCCCGUGCCGUACCCUGCCUCGUCGGCACUCUCUUCUGGAUUUUUCCUGCCUCUGCAAUCCCAGUUCUCACUUCCGCUCCCCGGUGACGUGGAGAGCCGUCUGCCCCAGAUCAAAACCAGCCCGGCCCCGCUGGCAACGGGAACGGCCGGCCUCUCCCCCAGCACAGAGUACAGCAGUGAUGUCCAGCUGUCCCCCGUGGCUCCCCCGGCCAGCUGCUCGGCACCCACAUCGGCCCCCCCGCUGACCCUGCCCGCCUGCCCAGACACCAUGGUAUCCCUGGUUGUGCCCGUCCGCAUUCAGACCAACAUGCCGUCCUACGGGAGUGCCAUGUACACGACCCUGUCCCAGAUCCUGGUCACCCAGUCCCAGAGCAGCUCCACAACCGUGACUCUUCCCAAGUUUGAGGAGCCCCCGUGCAAAGGGACAAGUGUGUGUGGGACGGAUGUGUACGAGGUCCGGCCUGGAUCGGCUGGGGUGAGCGAAGAGCAGAGCAGAGGUUUCCCGACUCCAUACUUGAGAGUGCCUGUGACAUUGCCCGAAAGAAAAGGCGCCUCCCUGUCCUCGGAGAGCGUCCUGAGCCCGGAGGGGAGUUCUUCAACGGUCGGGGGGAGCAAACGUGUCCUUUCACCAGCUGGCAGCCUUGAACUUACCAUGGAAACCCAGCAGCAAAAACGGGUGAAGGAAGAGGAGGCUUCCAAGGCAGAUGAAAAACUUGAGCUGGUAAAACCAUGCAGCGUGGUGCUCACCAGCACGGAGGACGGCAAGAGGCCGGAGAAAUCCCACUUGGGCAGCCAGGGCCAGGCCAGGAGGGAGCUAGAAACACUGUCCAGCCUAUCCUCAGAUCCGUCUGACCCAAAGGAAAUCAGUCCCCUUCCUCACUCCUCAUUGUCCCAUGUGACGGCCCCAGGCUCAGAGGCUUUGAAGGAAUAUGCCCAACCAUCCGCUAAGCCUCACCGAAGAGGGCUGCCCUCACUGAGUGUGAAGAAAGAAGAUUCCAAGGAACAACCUGACCUCCCUCCACUGGCACCUUCCAGCUCGCUGCCUCUGUCAGAAACGUCCCCCAGACCAGCCAAGUCGCAAGAAGGUACGGACUCAAAGAAGGUACUGCAGUUCCCCAGCCUCCACACGACCACUAAUGUCAGUUGGUGCUAUUUAAACUACAUUAAGCCAAAUCACAUCCAGCAUGCAGAUAGGAGGUCCUCUGUUUACGCUGGUUGGUGCAUAAGUUUGUACAACCCCAACCUUCCGGGGGUUUCCACUAAAGCUGCUUUGUCCCUCCUGAGGUCUAAGCAGAAGGUGAGCAAAGAAACAUAUACCAUGGCCACAGCUCCGCAUCCUGAGACAGGAAGGCUUGUGCCAUCCAGCUCCCGCAAGCCCCGCAUGACAGAGGUUCACCUCCCUUCGCUGGUUUCCCCGGAAGGCCAGAAAGAUCUAGCUAGAGUGCAGAAGUCAGAAGAGAAGCGAGGGAAGCCGGAGGAAGAUGCUCCUGCCUCCAAAAGAGGGGAGCCAGCGAGGAUCAAAAUCUUCGAAGGAGGGUACAAAUCAAACGAAGAGUAUGUAUAUGUGCGAGGCCGCGGCCGAGGGAAAUAUGUUUGUGAGGAGUGUGGAAUUCGCUGCAAGAAGCCCAGCAUGCUGAAGAAACACAUCCGCACCCACACUGACGUCCGGCCCUAUGUGUGCAAGCACUGUCACUUUGCUUUUAAAACCAAAGGGAAUCUGACUAAGCACAUGAAGUCAAAGGCCCACAGCAAAAAGUGCCAAGAGACAGGGGUGCUGGAGGAGCUGGAAGCCGAAGAAGGAACCAGUGAUGACCCGUUCCAGGACUCAGAAGGGCGAGAGGGCUCAGAGGCCGUGGCGGAGCACCAGUUUUCAGACCUGGAGGACUCAGACUCGGACUCGGACCUGGACGAAGACGAGGAUGAGGACGAAGAGGAAAGCCAGGACGAGCCAUCGGGACCGGCCUCGGAGGCACCCCCGCCUGGCCCGCCAGCCACGCUGCCGGCAGACUCCUCACCCGUCCCUGGCCCUCAGCCCCCAGAUGCCACCUCUGGCGAUCAGGCGACGCGGGGCAGCUCGGUCUUGGAAGCUGAGCGCUCGGCAGCUGGAAGUUGUUCCACGUCCAGCCAAAGCAUCCCGUGCCUCCCCCGUCUGGGACCGGCCCCUCCGGGCCCCGUGGAGAAGGACACAGGCUCGGCCCUGAGCUCCAAGGCUGUGUCCCCAAGAAGGCCGUGGUCCCCAAGCAAAGAAGCAGGCAGCCGCCCAGCACUCACCCACAAACACUCACUAACCAAAAGCGACUCGUCUCCCCAGCGACACCCACCGGCCGGAGAGCCACAGGCCUCAGCCCCGAGCCCGCCGGGCCCCCAGCCAGGCCCUCUCCCUUGUGGGUCUCCAAGACUCGAGCUGUCUCCUCUCACCCUCCGCCCCCUGGGAAGGGAACUGCCCCCUCGAGUGCAUCCACCCCCCGAGCGCAAGGGGGCCCCAGAUCCGGGCCCCCCCAGACAUUCACCCACCAGGAGACGGUCCCCGGGCCAGGCCGAGUCACCGCCACGGUCAGCGCUGCCAGGGAAGUGGGCCUUGGCUGGGCCGGGCAGCCCCUCAGCGGGCGAACGCGGCCCAGGCUCGGGGCUGGCCCCGCGGGCUCCCUACCCGCCCCUGCCUCUACCUCACAAGCUUCUUGGCAGAAGCCCCGAGACCUGCGCCUCCACGUGGCAGAAGGCCGCGUCCCGGAGUCCCUCCUGCUCACCUGGCCCUGCUCAUCCUCCCUCCUCCCGACCCUUCUCGGCCCCCCAUGACUUCCACGGCCACACCCCAGCCCGGACAGAGGAGAACAUCUUCAGCCACCUCCCUCUGCACUCCCAGCACUUGACCCGUGCCCCGUGCCCCCUGAUUCCCAUUGGCGGGAUCCAGAUGGUGCAGGCCCGGCCAGGGGCCCACCCCACCCUGCUGCCGGGGCCCACGGCCACCUGGGUCAGCGGCUUCUCGGGAGGUGGCAGCGACCUGACAGGGGCCCGGGAGGCCCAGGAGCGAGGCCGCUGGAGUCCCACCGAGAGCUCGUCAGCCUCCGUGUCCCCUGUGGCUAAGGUAUCCAAGUUCACACUCUCAUCGGAGCUGGAGGGCAGGGACUACCCCAAGGAGAGGGAGAGGACGAGUGGGGGCCUGGGCAGACCUCCUGACUGGGAGCCCCGAGUGGCUGAGGUGCCCGCAGAGCCCGUACCCACCCACAGCCCCCGCACCCCGCCCGAGGCCUCACCCCGGCUGUCCCACGGCCGCAGGCCAGAAUCCUGGAGCCCCCGCCUGGAGUCACCACGCACGCCGGCCAACCCCGCGGCCUCUGCCGCCUCGCCCCUGGACCGCAGCAGUUCGGUAGGCUGCCUGGCAGAGGCCUCCGCUCACUUCCCAGCCCGGAGGAGGAACCUCUCUGGGGAACCCAGGACCAGUCAGGGCUCCCCCGAGCCCUCAGGAAGUGGGGGGCCUGGGGCACCUCCACAUCAGCCCAAGGACAGGGGCCCCCCAAGCACUUAGUCUCUCUCCGACUGCUUCAGCAUCUGGCUUCCGGUGUUCAGCAACAGACGCUUCCAGCCAGCUUCCUCGAAUCAUCUCGCUCUCAUGGGCUCCCUUUCCCGUCUGUCCAUCUGUCCAAGCAGCUUCUCCUCAGUCCCCAACUGUUCUAUCUUCCCACGUAUGCAGUUACCUGUGCCUUUUUCUAUACCUUUUGUUGCUUGAAAAGAAACAAAACACACGCACACAUAAAAAAAAAAAAAAAAAAAAAAAAAAAACAAACCCACGAGGAGUCUGAGGCUGUGAAUAUGUUGUGCUUUUUUGAGAAAGGGUGUAGGUGGGGCCUCACCCUGGGCCACUGCGGUCUACAGUCACCACCGCCCCUCCCCCCAGGCUGGCGAGAGGUAGCCAUUUGCUGAGGGAAAGGGGGAUGCACUGAAAGAGGAAAAAGAAAAAAGCGAGAAACUUUUACAAACAUAUAAUUAAAUGUAAAAGCAAGCACUCCUAUGUACAGAUGUUUAUGGUUCCUAUUUAUUGCCGCUUUAUUCCACCCCAGCUAGUGACCACUCUCACUGCCAGCAGAAGGGCCAGCAGCCCAAGGCAGAGGGACACAGGCAGGGGGACCCCACUCAGCCUCCACAGGCAGGCCCAGAAAACUCCAGCUUUCUUUUUCCCAGGAAAAAGAAAAAUGUUAACGUUUCCUAGGAUUUCAUCACAAGUGAUAGGAACAGAUGGGAGGUGGGAGCUUGUUGGUUCCCUCCGGGCUCCCUGAUAUCCUGGUGGUCUGAGUCAUGGACCCAUCCUGGCAUCCUGACAAAUCCCCCCAGCCCCCCACCUGCCACCC